AGAUUGUUUUGCUAUAUGUACGUUUUGCUCAAAAGUAUCCCCAACAAACAAAUAAAAAAGUCUCAUUUCCUUAUAAAUAAUAGUAUUUUAGGAUUCAUUUCAACUGGUUCAUCUCUCUAAUAAACUCUCUAAUGGGUACUCUUCUGAGGCUAUUUUCACCACCACCACCAGCAACCCAGAGCAGCCAAUUUUUUCAUUCAUUCAAUCCUCCAUUUUCAUUUCCAAGAACCUGUGGCACAUCUUCGAGAAAUACUCCUUCCAAAGCCCAGAGCAGCGAAUGUGGAAAUUUUCUUGAUUUAAAACCGGAGGCAAAACCUGAAUUCUUAGAUUUCGACAUCCCCCGGUUUGACACAUCUACUAGGUCUUCCUUAGACGUGAUCAUCAUCGGCACUGGCCCUGCCGGGCUUCGCCUUGCAGAGCAAGUGUCACAGCAUGACAUUAAGGUAUGUUGUGUUGAUCCUUCACCGCAAUCUUUGUGGCCAAAUACCUAUAGUGUUUGGGUUGAUGAGUUUGAGAGCCUGCAGCUUGAGAGUUGCUUAGAAAAAACAUGGCCUAGGUCUUGCUUUUAUAUUGAUGAAGACAACGUCAAGUAUAUAGACCGCCCUUUCGGUCGAAUUAGCAGGAAGAAAUUCAAGACUUUGCUAAUGGAGAGGUGCCUCUCUAAUGAUGUCAAGUUUCAUAAGGCCAAGGUUUUGAAAAUUGAGCACCAAGAGUUUGAAUCUUCGAUAUUCUGUGACGAUGGCAAUGAGCUCAAGGCAAGCCUAAUUGUUGAUGCUAGUGGGUUUGCAAGCACUUUCAUGGAGUAUGACAAACCAAGGAACCAUGGGUAUCAGACUGGCCAUGGCAUUUUGGCUGAAGUGGAUUUUCACCCUUUUGACUUGGAUAAGGUUGUUCAGUUGGAUUGGAGAGACUCCCAUCUCAGAAAUGAGCCCUCAAUGCUCACUAGAAAUUCAAGAUUUCCAACUUUUCUCUUUGCCAUGCCAUUUGAUUCAAGCCUAAUAUAUUUGAUGGAAACUUCAUUGGUUGGUAGGCCAGUGCUGUCUUAUGAGGAGGUGAAGAAGAGAAUGGUUGCAAGGCUAAGGCAUUUGGGAAUUAGAGUGAAGAGGGUUUUGGAGGCUGAGAAGUGUUUGAUCCCAAUGGGAGGACCUCUUCCUCGGAUGUCUCAAGAGGUGAUGGCUAUGGGAGGAACUUCCGGGCUUGUCAAUCCUUCAGCCGGGUACAUGGUGGCGUCGGCCAUGACUCUAGCCCCGGUGCUAGCCGAGGCCAUUGUGCAGUGCCUUGGCUCGACCCCAAUGAUCCGAGGGCAGCCACUUUAUGACAGAGCGUGGAAGGGGCUGUGGCCAAUUGAGAGGAGAUGUGUUAGGGAGUUUUACUCUUUUGGGAUGGAGACUUUGUUGACGCUUGAUCUGAAUGAGACUCGAAGAUUCUUUGAUGCUUUCUUGGACUUGGAUCCGUAUUACUUGCACGGCUAUCUUUCAUCAAGGUUGUCCCCAACAGAGCUUGCCUUUUUCAGUUUAUCUAUGUUUGGCAAUGCCUCUGUUUCAUCUAGAGUUGAACUUCUUAAAAAGUCUGCUGUACCCUUUGUUAAAAUGAUAGGUAAUCUAGCACUUGAAGCAAAACAAUAUUAUAUCUAACAUUUCAAUGCAUAAAACAAAUGUAAGAUAUGUUCUGGUGACUUUUGGUUAGUCAUCACAAUUCAAGAUCUUUUUCAAGGUAUAAAAUAUAUAAAUUU